AUGGCUGACCCGUUUUCGAUCGGGACUGGAGUUGCUGGCCUUAUCGGCCUGGCGGCCAGCAUCAUCAGCCAAUGCUAUUGUUAUGGUUGUGCGGUAGCAAACGCCCCAGAUGAGGCAAGGCGACUCGUAUCUGAAGUCACCAGCCUGAAUGGCAUCUUAUUGGGUGUUCGAGGGGUUGCUGCACAGGUGGAUCUUCCAGAGUACCAGCUGGAGUCAGCAUUAAAGAACUGCCAGGUUGUGCUUGAAAAGGUGUCCACGAAGCUACAAAAGUUCUCCCUCGAUUCGAGCAAGUCGUCGGGGAAGCGCGCAAUCAAUCGCCUUCUUUGGCCGCUCCGGAAGAAUGAGACUGAGGAUCUCAUUACGGCUGUUGAAAGACACAAGAACUCACUAUCCCUUUCCCUCAACUCGCUCUCAGUGGAGGCACUCAUGAGCCAGAGCGCCAACAUAGAAGCCGUCUCAGAGACCCUGGCCGAGAUAAAAUCAAGCAAGGAAGAUCAGGAGCGAAGGGAUGUCUUACACUGGCUAUGUGAGCAUCAGUAUGAGGCCCAAUUCCAGCGAGCAUACCAGCUUCAUUGCAAGAACACAUGCAAAUGGCUCCUCCACGACCCUGCCUUUCUCGACUGGUCCAAAUCCAGAUCUUCUUUACUCUGGAUGCAUGGCGCCGCUGGCUGUGGGAAGACCGUGGCUACAACUUUCCUCAUCCAUCAUCUCCUCGAAAGACAACCCGUCGACUCUCUGUUGGCGUAUUUCUAUUACGAUGCCAGCACGAUUGAAAGCCUGACUCCACAGACCUUCUUUGGCGCCAUUGUCAAGCAGUUCUGUUCGAAUAUCUCACCACUGCCCUCCCAGAUCAUGGACGCUUACAGGCGAGCUUCAAGUCGUCUCGGCACCCCGAGCCAACCAAGCCUACUCGAGUUGAAGUCCUUCCUCCAGCUACUGCUACAAACUACCGACUCGGCAACAGUGGUCAUCGACGGUCUUGAUGAGUCCUCCGACUACUCUGCAGUAUGUGAUUUCCUAACCUCGAUGGUGCGAGGUGAAAAACACGCGCUCCGCGUUUUCAUUUCUAGUCGACCAGAGGUGGACCUGCGUCGAUCUCUUGCUGGGUUUCGAGAUAUUCCUGUUCCGGAAGAAGCGAUUGAACAAGAUAUCAGCGUGUACAUCAAGAUGAGAAUCCAUAAUGACCCACGCCUGGGCCGAAUGCGCGAUGAUAUGAAGGAUUUUGUGGAAGCGACACUACGAACAGACUCCAACGGGAUGUUCCGCUGGGUACAAUGCCAGCUAGACGAGAUGUCCAGGCUGAGGACCGUGGCUUCUGUAAAGCGGGCGCUCACUCAACUUCCUGUGAGCCUUGAAGGCUCGUAUCUGCGCAUUGUUGACAGCAUCGCUCGAGAAGAUAUCCCAUUCGCCACACGAACACUGAUGUGGCUUGCUCACGCCUCCACACCACUGACCUUGCCCGAACUUGCUGAGGCUGUUGUUCUAGAGCCAGACUUUGACGAACUAGACCCCGACUCUAAGCUUCAUGAUCCGAACGAGGUUCUCGACAUUUGCCGGAGCCUGAUAGCCUAUAAUCCAGUUUCGCAAACCGCUCGCUUGGCCCAUCAUUCGGUUCGCGAAUUCCUCACUGGGCGCCUUGAUCCGACCUCGCAGUUUUUUAUUCCAGCGCCCUCGUCACACCGCACUAUCGCCGAGGCUUGUAUCCGUUACCUUCUUCUGGACGACUUUUCGGCCGGUCCAUUAUUCAGACCAGAUUUCAUGUGGACACUCUCCAACUUUCCGCUGCUUCGAUAUGCGGCUCAAAACUGGACGUUCCACGUGCAGAGUUCGGGUGCGGAAGCCGAGUUAGUCCCUCUCAUACGCAGACUGAUGACCACACGGUCGAAUCCCAAAUUCCUCUUUUGGCUCCAGGUCGUCCUCUUCGACUCGUGGCACGGCUACGUACCCCCGAACACGGACAUUGAGGCCGCCCGGCCACUCUACUACGCGGCGUCCUACGGUCUGACGGAGACCGUGAGGAGUCUGGCGAAUGCGGGCGCCAACCUCAACGAACGGGCUGGCCGAUUCGGCGGCACGGCACUGCACGCCGCUGUGUGGCGCAAGCGGCCCGAAGUCAUCGACAUCCUCCUCGAUGCCGGCGCCGAUCCUACCAUCAGGGACUACAACGGGCAACUCCGGCAGACCUCUCCCUCGUCAGCGGGACGAAGCUGCACGAACGAAUUUACAAGGAGAAGCGCAACAAGGGAACCUUGA